AUGACCUCAUUUCUACCAGUCAACAGGACACCCACGCCAAACAAUAUGAAGAUGGAGGAUGUGACAUCAACAACGCCUCGACCGGACUCGUCAGAUUCUCGACUCUCGCCAUCAAAGACGGACUCUUCUCAAACUCAUUCAUUAUCUUCACAUCGUCGAGCGCCAUCCACAGCUUCGACCGGCGACGAGACCACGGUGGCAGACGACGAACCCGACCGCGACCAGUCUGACAACGAACAUGACAACGAAGAAAAUGCACCGCCAUCGAAGAAGAAGAAGGGGCAACGAUUCUUUUGUACCGAUUUCCCGCCCUGUACGUUGAGUUUCACUCGAAGCGAGCAUCUUGCUCGCCAUAUCCGCAAACAUACCGGUGAACGGCCAUUUCAGUGUCAUUGUUCGAGACGUUUCUCGCGAUUGGAUAACCUGCGCCAACAUGCUCAAACCGUUCAUGUGAAUGAAGAUAUUCCUGGAGACUCGCUUGCGGCGACAGGCACUCGGUUUCAGCGUCAGAUUCGUACCGAUCGCGUGCGCCCUCCACAAGGCCGCGCACGAGCUGGCACGACAGGAAGCCAGAGCGGUCACUCUAGAGGGCAUAGCCGGAAUCUUUCUACCUCAAGCAUCGCUUCUACGGCUUCCAGCUUGAGCCAGGCUCCGGACCUGCGACGACGACCACCUCCUUUGAUUAUGGCCAAUGACGGCAGUGCUCGAGCACAACUUUCUCUAGGCGCCAUGGCUGAACCUACAACCCCCCCGAGUCAAAUUGCUCGGUCAAUUCCCGGUCCAUCACCCGGUCAUGGUUAUCCCGCAUUUUCUGCUGGCGGUGGUUUGAGUUCUCACUACGCUUCUCCCAUGGCUGCUACUUCACACCAACCGGGAUAUUGGGAUGCUCGGGGACAUGCCCGUCGCCUAUCUGUUCCAUCCGGCCCGAACCCCUUUACCAAUCAUGAGACCUAUCCUCCAUCAUACGUCACUUCCGUGCCCCCUUCUCACGCUCCAUACACACCCGGCUCAUCUGUAUAUGCCAGUCCUACUAGUUCGAGUUUUGGGCCUUCUCGUGAUGAAGGAUUGAGCCCGUCUGAAGCAGAGCUUCGUCGGCGAACAUGGCAUCCUUCGACUUAUCCUCGCCCAGCCACUAGUGGCUUGACUAAAUAUGAAGAAUCUGCAAAUACACUUCGUCCUGCUUUUGGUGCUGGAAACACCGCUGGUCAGACCACUCGAUUGCCUGGUAUUGAGAGUUUCGACAAGGUCGUUCAAGGCCGUCCACUCACUCCUCCUUUACGAAAGCCUAGUCCCAUGCAGAUUGACACACCCAGCCGUGGUCCACCGUAUACUCCUGGAUUCGCGGGACAAGUGCCGUCCAGUCGGCCUCCGCCUGCAAUGUCGGGACUAGGUCACCGCCGUGCUCAGCCAUCCUGGGAUCUGCAUUACAAUCUUACUGGACUUAAUCUCGGAUCUUCCAAUCCGUCUUACAAAGAAGCCAGCACUCCAUGGGGCCAACAGGUGUUGGGAGAAAUCCAUAGUGUUGGGUCACGACCGAUGAGCAGUGGCCAGCCAUUCACUUCUACUCCUCGUCAGGAACCAGCUACCCCGCAGAAUACCCAGCGAUACAGUAUUCAAGCCGCAACUGCCACGCCGGGGUCGCAUGUUACUCGUACUUCCCCGGAGGAUUCUAGUAGUAGUGAGGGCGUCGCGACUCCGUCGACUGUUUCUAUGGAGUACCACCCGGCUAUUGUACAUAGCAAUGGUCAUGUGGAGCCCGCCGUGGCCCAUGAAGCUCCUAACUGUGCUCCUGCUCAACAAAACGGAUACACACCUACGAACCGACCAGGAAUUUUUGAGAAUCCACCUGCUGGAGCGAGCGGCAUGGGUCGACUCGAAGCACUGGUAGCAGUUGCAACUAGCGAAGGCAAGUCUGCCGCUCGGUUGUUCUAG